GUUGGCGGCUUUCGUCAAGCGUGAGGCGAUUUGUUGGCCGCCGAUGGUCGUUCAGAAGCUUUCAGCUGUCCUCAAAGCUCUCAGCCGCAGCAACACCGCAGCGGCCACCGCCACCACCAACGCCCAGUCGUUGGCUUCGGGGAAGCUCGUCCAUGCCAAGUCUGUUUCGCUCGGCUUGCAGUCCAACUCACUCCUCUGCAGAGCUCUCGUCGGCUUCUACCUCUCCUUCCACCUCCUCCACCCCGCCCUCAAGGUCCUCGAAUCCAACACCUCCGACGACGUCUCCCCAUGGAAUGCUCUCCUUUCUGUCUGCUCCAAGCGCCAGCUGCAUGCACAAGCGCUUUGUCUCUUCCAGAAGCUGCUGCUCCUUUCCCCCCGCCUCAAGCCCAACGCCUUCACUUAUCCGAGCGCCAUCAAGGCGUGCGCCGGAUUAGGCGCCGCACGAAACGGCGAGGUCUUCCACGCCGGCCUGAUGAAGUCCGGUUUUGCGGCCGACGUCGUAAUCUCGAGCUCUUUGGUUUACAUGUAUGCAAAAUGCGAUCGCUUUUCGUCGGCGAUCCAGCUGUUCGAUGAAAUGACCCACAAGGAUGCGGCUUGCUGGAAUACGGUCAUGUCCUGCUACUACCAGUCCGGUCAGGCGUCGAAAGCGCUGGAGUUGUUCGAGGAGAUGAAUAGAUGCGGUUUUGAGCCGGACUGUGUGACGUACACGACUGCAUUCUCCGCUUGUGGUCGGCUCCAGGAUUUGGAACGGGGGAGGAAGAUGCAUGAGAUGCUGAAUGAGAGUGGUUUCGAAUUGGAUGCUUUCAUCAGCUCUGCCAUCGUUGAUAUGUAUGCCAAAUGUGGUUGCUUGGAGAGUGCCAGAGAUGUCUUCGAGCGGAUUCCGAGUAAGAGUGUGGUCUCCUGGAAUUCAAUCAUUGGCGGGUAUUCCUCGGCAGGAGAUAGCCAUUCGAGUUUGAUUCUUUUUAGGAGGAUGACCAAGGAAGGUUUUAAGCCCACUUCAACCACUAUAAGCUGCUUGUUAAUGGCUUGCUCGAGAAGCUCUAAUUCACGACAUGGAAAGUUUAUUCAUGGUUACAUAGUACGGAACUGUAUGGAGGCUGAUAUUUUUGUUGUUAGUUCUCUUGUAGAUUUCUAUUUCAAAUGUGGAAUUGCUCGGCAUGCAGAGUCUGUCUUUGAGAAGAUGCCAAAGUCGAAUGUGGUUUCAUGGAACGUGAUGAUUUCAGGGUAUGUGACGGUAGGCUGCUUCUUCAAGGCUCUCGAGCUCUUCCAUGAUAUGAGAGUAUAUGGGGUCAGCCCAGAUGCUAUCACCUUUAUCAGUGUUCUAUCUGCUUGUGCUCAAUUAGCAGCUUUGGAGCAGGGCAGAGAGAUCCAUAAGCAAAUUAGCAACCAUGGUCUGGAGUGCAAUGAGAAAGUCAUGUGCACCCUUGUCGACAUGUAUGCAAAAUGUGGAGCCAUUAGCGAAGCAAGAGAAGUUUUUGACAGGUUAGCUACAAAGGAUAUUUUGUCCUGGACUUCCAUGAUCAUGGCCUAUGGCUCCCAUGGCCAGGCCUCUGAAGCUUUCAAGCUCUUCCACGAAUUGCAGAAAGUAAAAGCAAAACUGGAUCAUGUCACAUUCCUUGCAGUUCUCGUUGCUUGCUCCCAUGGAGGACUGGUUGAUGAAGGUCGUCUUUAUUUUGAUCAAAUGACUAAUGAAUAUGGAAUCAAACCCCACAUAGAACACUACUCCUGCUUGAUAGAUCUCCUGGGACGCUCGGGUAGGCUAAAUGAAGCUUAUAGUGUACUGAAGAAAAGCACACCUGAGAUAAGAGCUGAUGCAGGAUUGUUAGGUUCGUUGUUCUCGGCUUGUAGUUUGCACAGGAACUUGGAAUUGGGGGAGGAAGUUGCCAAGCUUCUUGUUGAGGUAGAUCCAGAUGAUCACUCUACUUAUGUGACUUUAGCAAACAUGUACGCGUCUGUCGGGAGAUGGGAUGAUGUGCGCAAGGUCCGUGCUACUGUAAAAGAGAGAGGAUUGAAGAAGAACCCUGGUUGCAGCUGGAUUGAGAUUGAAAAGAGAAUUCACCAGUUCUUUGUGAAAGAUGACUCACAUCCACAGGCUGAGUUGAUACAUGAAUGGCUUGGGUAUCUUUCUUUGCACAUGAAGCGGGAAAAGUCUGAUAGUCUGAUGAGCAUGACUGCAACAGUAGAUUGAAACUGAAACAUCAAUUUCAUGCAUUUGCAGCUUAUAAUCACUGGCAGAACCCAGUUUUGAAACUGUGACAGCCCGAGUAUAACAUGAUCCUUUGUACAGCUGAAGAUUGUUCGAGACAGGGAACUGAUUUAGUAUAUUUAUUUGUUCUUUUCUCAUAUUCCAACUCAUUGGACAUGCAGACAUAAGUAGCAGCUGGAAGAUGUCAAUAAUUAUUCCAUGGACUUCAAAUUUCUUUCAUUGACUAUAAAGGAGGCAAUUUUAUUCACUAAAUGGAACAAUGGAUUGAGUUUGCAAAAAUGAUUUCCUGCUUAGCAGCUGUCCCUAUGCAGACCAAACACUGCCUCACAACAUGUAUAAGAUUAUUCUUUGUAUAUCGACAUAUUGGAGAAGUUCUUUUCCCGAAUAGUGGGACAUUGUAACUGAUUGAUUUUUUUUUUCCGUUGAUGAAUUGUUGUGAGAUUAAUUGGAUGAGCAAACUAAUGAUUCCUUGAUGUG